CUCAAAGAGCAAGUGAGAAUUUAAUUUGGAACUCAUAAAUUAUACUCCGUAUCUUUUUUUUCGCACUAUAUAAGUAGACUAUGAAAGCUUGCAUAGAUUCCACCGCCACAAGCCCACGACCUACCAAAAAUAGAAAGAAAUUUAAAAAAAAAAAAUCAUUUUUGGAGGGAGCAAUAGGGAAAUAUAGAUAGAUAGGAUGGAGGUCCUCGCUACACCCAGCAACGGGGCGGUCAACGGCCACAAGAGUAAUGGCGUCACCCACGGUGGCCACCAUAACUGCACCGCCAGCCACCAUGAAAAUGGCGGCCGAAAAGAGUUUGGGAGCAUAAAGCCCGGCUGGUUUUCCGAGUUUAGCCAAAUGUGGCCAGGCGAAGCUUUCUCUCUGAAGAUAGAGAAUCUACUCUUUAAAGGAAAGUCAGACUACCAAGAUGUUAUGCUAUUUGAGUCAGCUACGUAUGGGAAGGUGCUGACACUGGAUGGAGCAAUCCAACACACAGAGAAUGGCGGUUUCCCCUACACUGAAAUGAUUGUCCAUCUCCCUCUUGGUUCCAUUCCCAAACCAACCAAGGUUUUGAUAAUCGGAGGAGGAAUAGGGUUUACAGUGAUGGAGGUGUGUCGCUAUGCCAGUGUGGAGCAAAUUGAUAUCGUUGAGAUAGAUAAAAUGGUGGUGGAUGUGUCGAGGCAGUUCUUCCCAUACCUUGCAGCAGGAUUUGAGGAUCCUCGGGUCACGCUCCAUAUUGGAGAUGGAGCUGAAUUUGUGAGGGGGGCAGAGAGAGGAUACUAUGACGCGAUCAUAGUGGACUCGUCGGACCCGAUAGGACCGGCGAAGGAGCUGUUUGAGAGGGCGUUCUUUGAGGCGGUGGGGAGGGCGCUGAGGCCGGGCGGCGUCGUUUGCACCCAAGCCGAGAGCAUAUGGCUCCACAUGCACUUCAUCAAGCAAAUCAUCGCUAACUGCCGUCAAGUCUUCAAAGGCUCAGUCAAUUACGCCUGGACCACCGUCCCUACUUAUCCUAGUGGGGUGAUUGGGUACAUGUUGUGCUCGACAGAGGGCCCACAAGUUGACUUCAAAAAUCCAGUCAAUCCUGUCGACAAACAUCAUCAUCUUAAUAAAUCUAAUAACGCUCCUCCGCUCAAGUUCUACAACUCCCAGAUUCAUAAAGCCGCAUUUACACUGCCGUCCUUCGCAGCUGAAUUGCUUGAUUAGCUACGAACAAACGCAGAGAAUGAAGUUUUUCUGGAGGU